AUAGGAUGCAACGAUGUAUAUAAAGGCCGUGAGGGACAGUUUGCUAAUGCAGUUAGUCAGUAGUCUCGAUAUACAACGAAAUGGCAGAGGUGCAAGGAAAGUCGCGUAUCGCCAUUAUUGGAGGCGGUUUGGUUGGAGCAUUAGCCGCGUGUUUUUUCGCUAAAAGAGGUCAUCAGGUAGUCAUCUAUGAAUAUCGGGCAGAUUUACGAAUGGAAAAUUCAUCUGGUCAAAGUAUUAACUUAGCGCUGUCAUUUCGUGGUCGAGAGGCUCUAAGAGCAAUCGGUCUCGAAAAUAUUGUGAUAAAUCAGUACGGUACUUCCAUGCGUGGUAGGAUGCUUCAUGAUAAGAACGGCAAUCUGAAAGAAGUUUUGUACGAUAGUGUCAAGGGAAAUUGCAUCUACUCCAUUAGUAGGCGACGUCUUAAUAUAAUUCUAUUGGACGCCGCGGAGAAAUAUCCAAAAGUGCAAAUAAAUUUUAAUAAAAAGCUCGUGGAUGCCGAUUUGGAAAAGGGAAAAAUGACAUUUUUAAAUGUAAAAACGGGAGGGAUGGAAAAUGCGGAAGCUGAUUUGAUAAUUGGUGCCGACGGUGCAUAUUCGAAAAUACGAAAAAUUAUGGCUAAAAGACCUCUCUUUAAUUGUGCACAAACAUAUAUCGAGCACGGAUACGUUGAACUUUCCGUGCCGUCUGGAAAAAAUAACGAGUUUGCGAUGAACGGUAACAAUCUUCAUAUUUGGCCGCGUGGUGAAUUUAUGAUGACCUCGUUGCCGAACGAAGAUCACACGUUCACCGGAAAUUUAUUUGCUCCAUUCCACGUGUUAGAAAAACUGAAGACACCCGUGACGUUGUUGAAAUUUUACGCCGAACAUUUUCCGGAUCUUUUGCGAUUAAUCGGUGAGCAAAGUUUGGUGCAACAGUUUUUUGAAAAGGAACCGCAAACGUUAAUAUCGAUUAAGUGUAAACCUUAUCACGUUGGAAAAUCUGCUCUUAUAGUUGGCGAUGCAGCUCAUGCGAUGGUUCCUUUUUACGCUCAAGGAAUGAAUACUGGAUUUGAGGAUAUUUUAUUGCUCGAUGAAUUAAUGGGAUGCUACAAUUCGGACUUUGCUAAAAUUCUGCCGAAAUUUUCGGAAUUACGAUGCGACGAUGGCCACGCAAUAUGCGAUCUCGCGAUGUAUAAUUAUCUGGAGAUGAGAGAUUUAGUGACGAGAAAAUCUUUUCUUGUACGGAAAUUCGUGGACAAGGUGUACACGUUCAUUCCCAAUUCAUGGAUACCGCUUUAUUCCAGCGUGCAUUUUACUCGUAUGCGUUUUCGCGAUUGCAUAAUCCACAAAGAAUGGCAGGACAAGGUAUUAAGAGCGAGUCUUUGGUGUUUUGGAAUUUUCGUUGUCGCCAUUUUAGCUAUUUCUCUGUCGCAAAGUACCAUAUGAAUGUGAUCGUUUGUCAAAUGCCAUUUAUAAAUAUAACAAAUUAUAAUUUAAUAAUAACAAAAAUAUA